CAACAAAGUUGGCACAGACGAUGAUCUGCUCGUGUACACAACAUUGAGCAAACAGGGACAAUGAUGUCAGCACCAGUUUGCUCCUCGAUAAUGCUUCCCCCUCGCUGUGCAUGAUGGAAGCCAUCGGCGUUUUUCCGCGUUUGCCUUCGAACAUGGCCCUGCACGUCCUCCCUUUGACGGGCGACUGGCAAGAGCAAUGCUGCGGCCAGGGCUUCCCAGUUCAGUAUAGAAGCAAUCAUUCUUCGCAGCAAUGAUCAUCUGAAUCCGUUUCCUCUCAGGAAAGAGAGGAAGAGAGGAAGAAACUCUGCACUUCUCUGAAUUUUGCAAUCUCAACACUUUCUAGAACAAGAUCUCCUCACAGCUGACAGAGUGAGGGAGAGAAGCUGAAGCUGUAGCUGCAGCUACGAAUCAACCAAGAGGCUUCCCACAUCAACCUUGGAUGCAGGUGAACAUGGCAACGACGAAGUUUUGUUUCUGUGCUGCUGUGUUGCUGAUCCAAUUCGCCACUGCAAGAGCUGACGGUCAGUGGAAUAAUCCCGGUGGGUGGUCCAAGCCGAAUGAUCCCAAGUGGGGACCUCAGGUGCCACCCCCAUUCUGGAAGGACUUCUACUUGACCUUUGGCCAACAUGUUGUCAAGUAUCCUGGAACCCCGACUGGUGAAGUUGGUCAUGAGGUGGAGCUCGGCCUCGACAAGACUUCGGGAUCUGGAUUUCGGUCCAAGUAUCCUUACUUGUUCGGCCGUCUGUCCAUGAAUCUCAAGCUUGCAGGAGGCAACUCUGCAGGAACUGUCACUUCCUUCUAUCUGGCCUCGGUUUUCAAGCACUGGUGUGAGCUAGAUUUCGAGUUCUUGGGUAAUGUGACCGGCGAGCCAUACAUCCUGCAGACAAAUGUCUUCGCUGAAGGGAAAGGAGACCGAGAGCAGCGCAUCUUUUUGUGGUUCGAUCCGACUACAGAUUUCCAUAACUACGGAGUUCUGUGGAACCAGGACCUGAUCUUGUUCCUGGUGGAUGAUAAGGUCAUCCGAGUUUUCCACAACAGCAAGGAUCUAGGACUCCCUUACCUCGAGUACCAGCCGAUGUACAUCUACUCCAGCAUUUGGAACGGCGAGGCUUGGGCUACUCGUGGAGGUCGGGACAAGUGCGACUGGAGUAAAGCCCCAUUCGUUGCCUCUUACACUGGCUUCGAUGUGGACGCCUGCACAGUCGAGACCGGUGCAGAUUGGGAAAUUCACCAAUGCUAUACCAAAUUAUUCAACAGCUGGUACGGUGAUGCUGCACACAAGAACCUCACUUCCCAGCAGGUCGACGAUCUGAGGUGGAUUAAGUCCAACUACAUCAUCUAUGACUACUGCUCUGACACCAAGAGGUUCAACACAACUCCUCCGGAAUGUGCUGUGAACUGGCCUUAGCUCCUUUCUAGACAUAUGUGCGCGUUCUCUUACAUCUGUCAGUCAUUCCAUCCGCUCAUCCCACCACCUGUAGGUCCUAACGUUCGUCUAUUCCUAGUCAGUAGAGUUCUCUUGCUCAUGACCCUUUUUAGAGUUAGGGUCAUGAUCAAUAUAGUGCAUGCAUUCAUUAUAACUCAAGUUAAAGCAUUUACAUUUAACAAGAAUUGGAGCAAGCACUCCCGACUAUUACCACUUGCAGCUGAAGUAGGUUAGAAUUAGAAUUAGAAUUUUAAUCAUCAGAUCGAAGUUCAAAUGUUCAAACGCUGUAUUUGUAUGCUGGCAUGAGUUCUGAUGUUGUUCACUUGUGUGCACACGCGAAUUCAUGGAGCUCAAUCAAUUUCAACAUCAAUAAAUGGAAACUAAGCCCUUAUUGAGGAGCCUUAGGUGUUAGACUUGUUAAUCCUUCCCCACAUCAUGUUGUCACAUGUCAAUCCGACGAGCGAGCCCCCACUCUGCACCUUCUUUUGAGGUCCAUUACAGUCGUUUGAGUAGAAUGUACCACGUUGAUCUCAAACAUAUGUGC